AGUGAUGAAGUCAGCUCGGACCAGCAGACAAUGUCUACUCCGGUCUGUACUUGGAGGAGUGAUGAAGUCAGCUCGGACCAGCAGACAGUGUCUACUCCGGUCUGUACUUGGAGGAGUGAUGAAGUCAGCUCGGACCAGCAGACAGUGUCUACUCCGGUCUGUACUUGGAGGAGUGAUGAAGUCAGCUCGGACCAGCAGACAGUGUCUACUCCGGUCUGUACUUGGAGGAGUGAUGAAGUCAGCUCGGACCAGCAGACAGUGUCUACUCCGGUCUGUACAUGCAGGAGUGAUGAAGUCAGCUCGGUCAAGCAGACAGUGUCUACUCCGGUCUGUACUUGGAGGAGUGAUAAGUCAGCUCGGACCAGCAGACAGUGUCUACUCCGGUCUGUACAUUCAGGAGUGAUGAAGUCAGCUCGGUCCAGCAAACUUGUCCUGAAUGACAACAUUCCUCAUAUCCUCUGUGACACUGAAUGGAAUAUGUCAUACAGCAUUCUGUGUGAACCGUCCCCAUUAGCUGUGUCCCCCUCAGUGUCACACAGAAGCCUGCUCAAGACAGAGUGAUCAGUUCCAAUGCUUCAUAGGUCUGGGAACAACACUCGUUUACUUAUCCUCAUCUGUUGGUGAAACAGCAACAUUGCACAGUUGUUUCAAACAUCAAUUUGAAAUUGUUAUGUUUCAAUCAAAAACAUCAUGAUGUAUUUAUUUCAUCAAUAAAUAUUUUAUUGUUCAUGGAA